GGACGACGCAGCCGCGGUGUGACGCAGUUCCCGUGCCGGCAGCGGCGGCUCCUGUGCCUUGAUCUACCAUGGCCCAGCCCGGAACUCUGAACCUCAAUAACGAGGUUGUGAAGAUGAGAAAAGAAGUGAAGAGAAUCCGAGUUUUGGUUAUCCGAAAACUUGUCAGAAGCGUUAGCAGACUGAAGUCAAAAAAGGGUACUGAAGAUGCACUGUUAAAAAACCAAAGACGGGCACAACGAUUACUUGAAGAAAUCCAUGCAAUGAAGGAAUUAAGACCUGAUCUAGUGACUAAAACUGCUCUUGGUGAUGAUAUCAACUUUGAAAAAAUCUGUAAAAAGCCAGAUUCUACUGCAACUGAAAGAGCAAUUGCCAGACUAGCAGUACACCCUCUUCUGAAGAAAAAAAUAGAUGUGCUAAAAGCUGCUGUCCAAGCCUUUAAAGAUGCAAGACAAUAUGUUACUGAAGUUGAUUCAUCAAAGAAUGCUUCAGAAGAAAAUCAUUCUAAGGAUGCUUUGUGUUCAAAUGAUGAUUCAAGUAAGUUACGGCAUCGAGGAACUAUUAUCAAUGAGCAAAAAGUGAAAGAAGCCAAAAUCCUGGCAAAGAAACCAAUAAAUAAUUCAAAGAAAAAAAUGGCCAAGAUGGAAAAUGAACCAAAAGCAGUGAACAUUCCAAAUUCUCCAUCAAAGCCUUCAGGAAAGGAUUCUAUAGUUCCCUCUGAACCCCAGAAGAUAGCUGCUUACCCAAAAAUGAAAACACCAAGUCAAACCAAAGAACAGAAAAGAUCCAAUAGCUUGCUUUGUGGUAACAGUGAUGAUGAAGAAGAAUUAUCUGAAGAGGAGAAGGAGUAUUUUGAUGAUAGCACAGAAGAAAGGUUUUACAAACAGUCUUCCAUGUCUGAGGAUAGUGAUAGUGAUGAUGAUUUCUUCAUUGGAAAAGUCAGGCGAACACGAAAGAAGGAAAGUAGUUGUCAUUCUUCAGAUAAGGAACAAAAACCCCUUCAAAAAGUGUUACCCAAAGAAGAUACACAUGAAACUCAUUGGGAUAUAAGAAAUGACAAAAACAAGCCCAGUACAGAAGCCAGGAGGUUAGAAUCAGUGUUUUUCCACUCUUUAUCUGGAUCUAAAGACUCUAGAAGAAAUUACAGAGAACAGGCUCCAAAAAGCAAAACCCUAGAUUUUCCACAAAGUGAACCUCAAAUCAAGAAGUCGCUUAAUAAGAAUGCACAAAGAGGACUUACAAAUGCAAAACAGCAAUUGCAACAGCCUCUUCAUCCUUCAUGGGAAGCAAGCAGAAGGCGAAAAGAGCAGCAAUCUAAAAUUGCUGUGUUUCAGGGGAAAAAAAUUACAUUUGAUGAUUGAUUAGCAUCUCUUUUUGUGAAAUUCUUCAACUAAAAUUUAUUUUCAUUUUUUUUUUAAUCAGCCUAUUUAAAAUUGUGUUUGAAUAAGUUUCUUUAUAGGGGUUAUAGAAUAUUUGUUUUUGUCUUUCAUUUUCUAAAUAAGUUCAAGUUAUGUUUACAUAAGCCUUUCACAAAUUAAGUAUGUACUUAAAUUGAUUUUUAAUAAUAUCCCCCAGACUUUUUUCUAUAAAAGUGUUCUCAGAUUUUCUCAUUUAUGCUUAUCAUGAAGUGUAUUUUACUGGUUCAGCUGUGGGCUUUGCCUUGGAAAUAAAUGUCGAUAUAUAUUUAAAAUAGUGGACAAAUAUGAGGAAAUUUUAACUAUUUAAAAUAGAUCACUUUUGUUAAAACUUGUAAUAUUAUAAAUAAAUAUUAAUUUUUAUUAUACUUUCAAUUACUUGUGAUCAUGUACUUUUCGACUAUUCUAAAAUAGUUUUCCAAGAUAGUUUCAAAUUUCUUAUGUAUAUUUCAGUUACUUGGGCAAAUUGUUUAAAUGUAGCAACACAACCAAAAAUCAAUUUUAUAUCACUGUAUAUAAAUAUUUCCGUUAAAUAAAGAAGUAUACCUACUUA